CCGAGUGACCACCCAGCGCGUCAUUAUCUCGGCCGGUAUAAAUACCGCCGAUGAGAUAACUUGGCCGACAAUCAGAGAAGAAUUAGAACCGUAGACAGAGGUGCCGGAGAAGAUGAACGGAUUUGAGGUCCUCAGCAGCAGCGACGAUGGAGUCGUGAAAGGUGAUAUUGAGGAGGGGACUUUAUACCCAAGGCUAGGUCACGGUGAGAACCAGCUGCGAUGGGGGUUCAUUCGCAAAGUCUACGGUAUCCUCGCCGCUCAGAUCAUCCUCACCACCGUCGUAUCAGCCGCUACCGUUCUCUACGCUCCCGUCAACCAGCUUCUCCAGGGAAACUCUGGCCUCCUUUUGUUCGUCGUUUUCCUGCCUUUCAUCCUCUUGUGGCCCUUGCACGUGUAUCAGCAAAAACAUCCACUGAAUUUGGUCUUCCUUGGACUUUUUACUGCAUCUUUGAGUCUCACCGUUGGCAUGAGCUGUGCUAACACAGAAGGGGGGAUUGUGCUUGAGGCUUUAAUCUUAACCUCGGCAGUAGUUUCAGCUUUAACUGGGUACACUUUCUGGGCUGCUAAGAAGGGCAAAGACUUCAGUUUCAUGGGACCUAUCCUGUUCACUGGUCUUUUUGUGCUUAUAUUGACUGGCUUCAUCCAGGCAUUUUUCCCUUUCGGAUCGACAAUGGAUGCCAUCUAUGGUGCAAUCAGUGCAAUAAUCUUUUGCGGAUACAUUGUGUAUGACACAGACAACUUGAUCAAGCGGUUCACGUAUGAUCAGUACAUAUGGGCAUCUGUCACUCUGUAUCUGGACGUCCUCAACCUCUUCCUUACAAUUCUUCGGGCGCUAAAACGACACAACUAACUCCGCAAUGGCCCACCCAUGGCUUUGAGGAUUGUAUGGAAGGUGGUGGGUGGGUACAAUGAUUUGGCAGUCACAUUUUGCAUCAACAUCGAGAGAUCUUCUUGAUCCAUGCAUGGCUCGAGGGAUUGCACCAAGAAUAUUAUCAUAAAUAAGCAUGUUAUGGUUUUGAAGAAUCCUCACCUAUUUUAUUAGUUGUUUAAAACUUUUCAAAUACAAAAAGAGACGCCUUGAAGUUUGGUAAUUUGAUACUUCAUAUGUUUACUUUUUGUAAAUUAGAAAAAAAGUGCAAUUUGUACUAAAGAGGACUAAGACAUAAAUUAUUUUCCAAUGU